UUGUUGGGACUGUGAUGAUAAUUGCUAUUAUAACAAUAGCAUACGCCAUUCUUCAGUGCUUGAAGAAAGUAGGAACAAUAAUGUCAGCUUAUACCCAGAUUCCAACCACAGAUAGAGAUAAUGACAACAAUGAUUCAAUCUCACAACCUUCAGACAGCAACAAAGAAAUCGAAUUAGCAAUGCCUUCAAAUUUGAAAGUGAAGUUUGCAACUAUGGAAAGAUUCCUCAGCAACAUCAAAAAUGAAAAACCCAUCAGAUUCUCACGUGAGGAGCUUGAAGAAAUCACAAAGAGCUACACCACUGUUUUGGGUUUUGGUGCUUAUGGGGUGGUUUAUAAAGGUGAAUUGUCAAAUGGAGAGAAAGUUGCAGUGAAAGUUCUCAACAGUUUGGAUCUGGGCACAGAGGAGCAAUUUAAAGCAGAGGUUAGCACUAUUGGAAGAACUUACCAUAUCAAUCUAGUUAGGCUUUAUGGCUUCUGCUUCCAACAUGACAAGAGAGCUCUUGUAUAUGAGUAUGUUUCAAAUGGUUCUCUCAAUAAUUUAUUAUUUGGCAAUCUAAACAAAAAAGUUGAGUUGGGGAAGCUUCUAGAGAUUGCCAUAGGGACUGCAAAAGGAAUUGCUUAUUUACAUGAGGAGUGUCAACACAGAAUCAUUCAUUAUGAUAUUAAGCCAGAGAAUAUACUUCUUGGCCUGAACUUGGAACCAAAAGUAGCAGAUUUUGGUCUUGCAAAGCUUUGUAGCAGAGAAAGAAGCCAAGUGAAUAUGACACACUUCAGAGGAACAAGAGGGUAUGCUGCACCAGAACUGUGGAAGCUUUGUCCUGUGAAUCAUAAGUGUGACGUUUAUAGUUUUGGUAUCGUUCUCUUUGAAAUUGUGGGAAGAAGAAGGCACUUUGAUAGUGACUAUAGGGAAUCACAACAAUGGUUUCCAAAGUGGACAUGGGAUAUGAUUGAGAACAGUGAAUUACCAAUGAUGCUUUCAUUAUAUGGGAUUGAAGAGAAAGACAUGAAAAAAGCUGAGAGAAUGUUAAUGGUGGCUCUUUGGUGUGUUCAAUAUUUCCCUUCUGAUAGACCUCUUAUGAGUAAUGUGGUGAAGAUGUUGGAGGGUGAUACAGAAAUUCUUCCACCACCAUUUCCCUUUCAGAAUUUGGUGUCUUCUAAACCACAUUUGACUUCAAAGGGAACCAGUGAAGAUUCAGAUGUUUCUACUUCAUAUGUGACAGAAUCUUCUACACAAUUUAAUACUGAACUCUAG